AUGUCUGGGCGCCAGCUGAAUCGCCUGCGCCAACAGCUGGCUCAGCAGGAGCCCGAGCCGGCCACCGACCCUCCCUCCAGCGAGGAGGAAGAAGAGGAGGACAGUGGUCCCAGCAACCCAUUCGCCCUUCUUCAGGACUCGCCGUCCAAGCGCCAGCAAGCCAGGGAGGAGGAGGACAUCGACAAGGUUCUGGCGGAGCUGGGCAUCGACCAAUCCACCACCCCUGCACAUAACAGCACGAGUGCGCCCAGCCCUGACGGGUCGCAGGCCCCGACUCGCCCCACUGCGGCGCCGGCCAAGCCCCUCCUGGCCGUGAAUAUGCGGGUGCUGAAGGCCUCCGACGAGCUGAAAAGGAUGUUUGGCGCCGCCGCCGUGCGCGAAGACGCCGAAGAUGCCGGCGCUGCAUACGCAGGCGCCAGCCGCCGCAUCCGUCGGCUGGCUGCGCGGGGCCUCCUGCGCACCCAGAAACUGAAGCCUGGGGUGCUGAUUGACCCUGGGGAGCACUGGCCGCCUUUUGACGGCGGUUUCACCAUGGAGGCCAGGGGCCCCACUGCGUCCCAGACCUUUUCCUACGUCUACUCCGCCGGCUACCAGGCUGUCCAGGAGCUGUACAAGCGCUGCCAGGCCAGCCACGACCCCAACGCCGUAGCUGCUCUGCUGCAUACAGCGCCAUAUCAUCUGGAUGCGCUGCUGACGAUGUAUGACCUGAAUCGUGCCAUGGGGGAGAAUGCUGCUGCAGAUGAGAUGCUGCACCGGUGCCUGUACGCGCUGGAGAUGGCAUGGCACCCAUCCUUCUCCCCCGCGACAGGCAACAGCCAUGUCGACUACUCGGAAGGCAACCUCCCCCUCUUCCUCGCCCUGUCCCAGUACGCCCAGUGCCUGAGCCGGCGGGGCCUGCACCGGAGCGCGCUGGAGGUGUCCAAGCUGCUGCUGGGCCUGAACUCGGAGGACCCCACCGGCGCACGCUUCAGCAUAGACUACUACGCGCUGCGCGCUGGGCAGCACCGGCUGGUGCUGGGCCUGGCGGCGCAGGGGGGCGCCGGCGGCUCCAUGGCCCUCUUCCCCAACUUUGCCUUCUCCUCUGCGCUGGCGCGGCGCGCCCUGGGCGCCGGCGGCGAGGCCGACGACGCGCUGCUGAGGGCGGUGGCCACCUUCCCCACCGCCGUGACGGCGCUGGUGGCUCGCGCGGAGGGGCGGGGGGGUCGGACCCCGGCCUGGGCGCAGACGCUGGGCCGCCCCUUCUUCGCGCAGGCGGCCAGCGACAGCGCCACCCUGGACCAUCUGGUAGAGGUCUUUGUCGAGCGCCAGCACCUCCUGUGGAAGCCGCCGGCGGUGCUGGAGUGGCUGCAUGGGCAGUGCGAGCGCGCUGCCACCUCUGACGCCCCCCUCCCCGACGGCCUGAGCCGGGGGGACUGGGCUGCGGCGCGAGAGGCCGCGUACCCACCCUGCGCGGUCAGUGCGUACCGCGGCGUGCUGCGCGCGGCGGACUUCUCGGAUGCCGUGGCGCGCCUGCCCCCGGAGGAGGUGCAUGGCCUGGGACUGGGCGCCGGCAAUGGGGGCUUGGAGGACCUGGACCUGGCGGACGAGCUGGCGGAGGGGGGCACGCUGCGCGCCCUGCUCCGCUCCUUCCUCCCCUGGCUGAACGCGGGGGAGCAGCCAGACUACGAGGGCGCGGAGGAGGAGGAGCGGGAGUGA